GCAGGUCCCAGAUCAGACUCUUCUAACACUUGACAUCUCUUCCUCUGCCCACCAUGGAGUUCCUGGGAUGGCCCACAAUCCUCUUGCUGGUCUGUAUCUCAUGUCUUCUCAUUGCUGCAUGGAGAAAUACAUCACAAAGAGGGAAGGAGCCUCCUGGUCCCACUCCAAUCCCUAUCAUCGGAAAUGCUUUUCAGCUGAACCCACGGGACUUGAUGGAAAGCUUUAAGGAGAUCAGCAAGAAGUACGGUCCUAUCUUCACAAUACAUUUAGGCCCCAAAAAGGCUGUGGUGCUGUAUGGCUACGAUAUUGUGAAAGAAGCUCUAAUUGAUAACGGAGAAGCCUUCAGUGGAAGAGGAAAUCUGCCUCUUUUUGAGAAAGUCUUCAAAGGCACAGGCAUUGUGACCAGCAAUGGGGAGACAUGGAGGCAGCUCCGACGAUUUGCCCUCACCACACUGCGUGAUUAUGGAAUGGGGAAGAAGGGCAUUGAGGAACGAAUCCAGGAGGAAGCUCAUUUUCUGGUAGAGAGGAUCAGGAACACACACGAGAAACCUUUCAAUCCUGUUACAUUUUUAAUGCAUGGUGUUUCCAACAUCAUCUGUUCCGUUGUAUUUGGGGAUCGGUUUGAGUAUGAGGACAAGAAAUUUCUGGAUUUAAUUGAGAUGCUGGAAGAAAAUGAAAAGCACCAGAACAGUAUACAAACACAGCUCUACAAUUUCUUCCCAACCAUCCUGGAUUAUUUGCCUGGGCCCCAUAUAAAGCUAAUAAAAAGUGUUGAUAAAGUUGAUGCCUUCAUUUCUGAAAUCAUAAGAGCACACCAAGAAUCUUUCGAUCCCAGCUGUCCUCGAGAUUUUAUUGAUGCUUUUAUCAACAAAAUGCAACAGGAGAAAGGGAACUCGCAUUUCACUGUGGAGUCCUUGACCAGAACCACCAUAGAUUUGUUCCUUGCGGGAACAGGAACAACCAGCACCACACUGAGAUAUGCAUUUCUGAUUCUCCUGAAACACCCAGAGGUUGAGGAGAAAAUUCACAAGGAAAUUGACCGUGUGGUUGGCCGAGACCGAAGCCCCUGCAUGGCAGACAGGAGCCAGAUGCCAUACACAGAUGCUGUCAUCCAUGAAAUCCAGAGAUUCAUUGAUUUCAUUCCAGUUAACCUACCACGUGCUGUGACCAAGGACACCAUCCUCAGAGGAUAUUUUAUCCCCAAGGACACCAUGGUAUUCCCUUUGCUGUCUCCCAUCCUACAAGACCACAAGGAAUUCCCAAAUCCAGAAAAAUUUGACCCAGGACAUUUCCUAAAUGCAAACGGUACCUUCAGAAAGAGCAACUACUUCCUGCCAUUCUCUACAGGAAAACGCAUCUGUGCAGGAGAAGGUCUGGCCCGGAUGGAGAUAUUCCUGUUUUUAACAACCAUCCUGCAGAACUUCACUCUGAAGCCUGUUGUAGAUCGCAAGGACAUUGACAUUUCUCCCAUAGUCACCUCUGUAUCAAAUAUACCCCCACCUUAUGAGGUGUCAUUUAUUCCACGUUAGCCAAGCAAAGAAAGCUGACACCUCCCAAAUUCACGAGAGCUUUUCUUGAAUGACUGUCAUUGCCCAGCAUGACAAGACUGAAACGCUCAGAUCAUUUGAUAGAUUCUUAUGGACAGAAAAGAUAAGCCUUUAAAGAAAAGUAAUUGUAUGCUGCUCUUAUAAUCAACACAGCUAGCUCUAAACAGAAACCGAAUGGGCGACUUCACAAGGACAGUUCCUUAGGGAGAAAGAGAGAACCAAGGAACCAUCUCAUUCUGUCAUAACAUGACCAUCUACUAUAUUCUUGUCCCAGCACAUAUCAUUGCCCAUCAUGUGGAAUGAGUUAAUCUAAUGGCUGGCAAAAUGGGUCCUCUCUUCUGUAAUUACAGUGAAGGUCUGUGAAAAUAAAAUUUUCACUGCAAGUUUAAGAAGAAAUGCA